AUGUCACAGGAUCGUCGAGGUUCUAUCGCCGACGACUGGCUCGAAGUCGAGAGCGCUGCAUCCGUCAUUUCGAUGGAUUCACGGCCAUCGUCACCAUCCCAGUCCCCUCCCCCGCAAGAGACCCCUGCACCAGCGACGCAAGUCGUCGAGUCAUCCCACGCUGGCCCAUCAAAUUCCACACCACACUCUCAACUCGCAUUGCGUCCGAAAGAUAACACCCUCCCGCCGCCCAAUGCCAUUGAGGCACUCCGCUCACUCCCCGUGCCAAAACCCCGAAGAAUCUAUUGCGAGGAACUGCCGCCGUUGCACCCAAGAGAUAACACUGUUGAGAGCUUCCCAGAAUACAAGGAGCUGCAGCGGCAGCCUGAGACGCCAUGCCAUGAGCAAACCGCAGACGUGAAAACAAAUGCAGACGAUAAUUCGCCCUCAUACCCAAGUCCCAGGGAUUACCACGAGGCCUGUCAACAUGUCACUGGGUCCCUCCAGGGCCUUGCCAAACUUGCGAAAAAGAUUGGAGGAAAUGAAAUUUCUACAAUGAGCUUUAUCCACUUGACGUGCAAGCAGCUCUGCACACAAACAGAGGACCUUGGCAAGAUGCUUCAGGUCUACGCUCAACACUGGCUGUCCAAGGGCUCCAGCAUGGCCUUGAUAGACAUUCCACUGAACCCCGACACAUGGGAUGCCCUGUCGGAUCUGAGGCAAUUCGUUGUGGAAAUUCAGGACAUUCUUUCGUGGGUUGCUCCGCCAGCAGAUCUUGGCAGGCGUUUGACAGCGGCAGAUAUUCCCCUGCAAGACAAUCAGAUUCUAGCUCAUGGUCUCGGGGCGCUGGAAAAGACUCGAGAUCUGUUUACAGAAUUUUUACCCAUUCUGAAAGCGGACUUUGACGAGUUUAGAACCAAGCACAUGGGCUUUCCUCCAGCAGUGGCACCCGAUCGACCCGACAAAAAGCCAUCCCAACGACCGAACCCCAAGGUCCGCCAAAUCCGCGACGAGCUGUACACCAUGAAGGACCACUUCGUCAUGAUAAACGUCUUCUUCUCAAGACUAAAGAACUUCUCCACGUGGCCAAACGUCGCGGAUCCUCUGGUCUUCAAGUCCCUCAAGCGCAUCAUCACCGCCAUUUCAAAAGUACUAACCAACAACCCUACAGACUGGAUCGAGUCAGACAUGGAGUCGUCUUCAACCAAGACCAUGUCGUAUGCUCAAUUCAUGACGCUAGAUCCUGAUGUCUUAAGCCAUAUUUCUUCUCAUUUACAGGAUUUUCAAGAUGAGCUUGGUGUUGAGGCUAAACCUGGAGAGGAUGGAUGCGACUUUUCGGAGAAGAUGAUUCACAACCAUCAGGAGUUUAUGCUGUUGGAGGGCGGGAAGCUACAGCAGCUUCGGUCGGUGAUUGAGUUUACUGAGAGCAUCUUGAUGACGCAGGACCAAGACAAGAUGGUGAUGUGA